AUGAUGUCAUGGGGUCUGGUGCAAUCUAGCAGCUUUCCUUGUGCAUUUUCCUAUCGUUCAAAGCAAUUUGGUAAUACAAAAAGAGUAGUGAAGAUGAAGUGCAGCUUACAAUCUCCUCAAAAUCCAAAUCAAAUGAGGACAUUCUCUGGUUUCCGGAGAGUCAACAACAUGGUUAACAGAAGCCAUUAUUUCCACUCAAUGAUUGACGCUCCUGAGAAGGACGUAGUAUGGCAAUCGCACAUGCCCAAAUUUGACUACUUUACAGAGAAUGCUAGGAAAGUUAUUAAGUUUGAACAAGAGGAGGCAAGAGUGCUAGCUAUUGAUAUAAUCGAUGAAGCCGGUUCAUUUGUUUGCCGAAAGCACGAAAAUGAAGGUCUACACUACCCUGACCUUCUGGAAGGACUUAAACGGUUGAGAGAGCUUAGAUUGGAAUACAUAGAGGAAAUCGCCGCAUUUCGCGAGAAGUACUUAAAAAAGGCUGCUAGAUUAUGGGACCUUCUCAUGGGUCUUGAGCUUCACAUAUUGGAGAAGGAGACAAGAAUCGAAGAGAUAAAGCGUAAUGAAUCGACGGGGAUUACUGUAACCGAAGCUGACGUUGAAGAGCUCGAAGAUAUCGAUAUUGAUGAUGAAAGUAAUGUAGAUUUGUUCGAUUAUCAUGUUCCAAGCUCAAAGGCCUCAAUAAGGCAAGCACCUAUUCAACAUGGCAUUCCUCUUAUGCCUUUCAUCCCCAAGGAUCGACCUCCUGGACCGGAUCAUGGCAAUGAUGGUGCUACAUGUUCAGUGAUGAGGGAAACAAAUGGUGGUGGAGAGCGCUCAACAAUAGUAGCUCUUGCUAAUGGUGGUGUUACAAAUCACGAAAAUGCCCUUAGGCAAAGCAGGGGAUCGGAGGUGUUGGUAGUCCCCAUUAGGAUUUUAGUGCUGCCUUUUGAAGCUUCCCGAAGCUCUAUGGGUGUGCUAUUUCCAGUGGUCACUGAAGAAGGAGCUUUUUUGUGCAGCUCAUUCCCGAAGUUAGGCUUGGACUUUUCUGAAAAUUUCCACAAUUUCACGUUACCUUGGUCUAGGAGUUGUAGUGGAAUGGAAUUUGGGGGAAGGGGAUGA